AUGAAGAUCAUCAUAAGAUAUCAAAAUAAAAGCAAAGAUCUUCACGUGGAUCCCAAAGUCAAAAUUAAGGACAUGCAAAUAGAAAUCGCCAGAAUCACAAACCUGCCACCUGAUCACCAACAAUUAAGCUAUUUAAAUUCAGGGCAUAAAGUAAUCCUUACUCAGGUUCUUUUGCCGAUUUCUUCAAAACUCUAUUUAUAUAAUAUAAAGGAUGGGUCAAUUAUAUACGUUGAAGAAGUAUUUAUAAUAUAGAAAUCAAUAGACAACCCACAAACUCCGUCCCAAAACUCAUUAUUGGGGAUGGGCAGAAGCUCGAUGGUGUUUGACGAAGAGGAGCUGACAAGAUACGAUUCUGAUACUAUUGUAAGCGUUAAAAGAAGACAUAGGGCAUCAUUAGGUGCUGAAAAUUUCACUAGCUAUCAAAAUCAGUGAAUUGCCCAAUUAAUCAUUCCUUGUAGAGAAGGAAAUGUUGAAGGUCUUGUUGGUGUCUUACAGGGCUAUCAAGCAUACAAAGGAGUCCUCUUAAGAGAAGAAGAUGUUGGAGAGCUCCUAAAUAGUAAAUAUGAUGAACAAUGAAGCUGCAUUCAUUAUGCAUGCUAUAUGGGACAUUCAGGAGUACUGAAAGAGCUGAUUGAUCUAGGAGCAGACUGUAACAAUGUUACGAGUGACCAAUGGACGCCUUUACAAAUAUCUGCUUACCAAGGCAAUGUCAAAUGUGUGGAGCUUUUGCUUGCCCAUCCUCUUAUUGAUAUAAACAAAAUGACCCAAAAUAGAGGCUCAGCUUUGCAUCUUGCAGUACUGAAAGGGCAUAUUGAAAUAGUAAAAAUCUUGAUGGAACAUAGAGCAAAGCUAACCCUAGAAGAUCCUGAUGGUAAAACACCUCUUGAAUUAGUUACAAGAAAAGACAUAGCAGAGCUAAUACCAAAAUACUUAGGAGCUGAAAUGCUUGAAAAGUUUGGAAAACCUGCCAUUGAAGAACCAUUAAGCUUUAGUGGAGAAGUUUUCUACGAAAACGCUGAUGAGCUAAGUCAAACUGUUUAUUUAGUCCUUAGCACACAAAAUGGAAAAUUGCACCAUUUUACAAGCCGACAAUGGUUUUCUGAGGAGAAAAACCCUGAGUUUUCUAUCCCAUUCCAAGAAAUGAAGCUUAUAAGAUUUGAAAGCAAAAAUGAUAAAUUCUAUUUUGGGAUUCGAAGAGAUUCUAUGAAAAUGAAGUAUUAUACAACUUAUGAAGACAUGAGCAAUGAAUGAAUUAAGAAAUUAAAGCAUUUUAUUCAAUACUAUAACCCAAAUGAACAGAAUAGCUGGAAACAUUUGCUUGUGGAUGGAGAUGAAUCUGAUGGCCUUUUUGAUACACUGGAAAAUUCAGCAGCAAAUAAAUCACAGUUUGCUGUAAUGGCUGAGCUUGGGUCUGGUAGCUUUGGAAAUGUGUAUAAGGUGAAGCAUAAAGAAACAGGAUAUUUAUACGCAAUGAAGGCUCUUAAUAAAGACAUGCUAAGUGUCAGAGGACAACUAAAAUAUGCGAUCUCUGAAUGUAAAAUAAUGAAAGCAAUUAAGCAUCCUUUCAUCCUUACUCUUUACUGGGCAUUCCAAAGCAGAAAUUACCUUUAUAUGAUUCUUGAGCUCUGCAUAAUGGAUUUUUCUAAAAUGAUUAAAUUUUAUCACAAAUUUAAUGUUGCUGUCUCAAAAAGAUGCAUCGCUGAAGUUAUUCUUGCAAUUGAAUAUCUGCAUAAUUUGGACAUUGUUUAUAGAGACCUUAAGCCUCAAAACAUUCUAAUUGGAACUGAUGGGCAUAUUAGAUUAGCUGACUUCGGUCUGGCUAAAGAAAAAAUUGGUGAUCAGAAUAUAGCGACGUCUUUUUGUGGAUCGCCUGCAUAUAUGCCUCCUGAAAUUAUAAGAAAUCAAGGUUGCAAUAAAUCUGCUGAUAUCUACACUAUUGGGGCUAAUCUUUAUGAAAUGUUAAUAGGAAUACCUCCAUUUUAUACAGAAAAUAUAGCCGAGCUUUAUGCUCGAAUUGACAGUGCUCCCUUAGAAUUUCCUUAUGGAUUUGACCCUGAGGCAGAAAGUCUCAUAGAAAUGGCUAUGAAGCGCAAUCCAGAACAAAGACCUACAAUUCAACAGCUUAAAAUUCACCCCUUUUUCGAUGAAAUUGACUGGCAUGAAGUAUUAUUAGGCCAUUACCUUCCUAUGAAUAUGGAUGAUAUAAAGAGAGUUUCAUAG